CCCGCCGCCGCCGCUCCCUGCCCGACACGCGGCUGCCAGCGAGCGCCCCGCAGCCAAGGAGGAAGAGGAUGGGAGGACUGAGCCCAGGCCCCUGGACCGGGCUGCUGCUGGUGGCCCUGCUGGGUGUCAGCCUCCCGGGCCACAUGGCGAACCGCUGCAAGAAGGCGCCGGUGAAGAGCUGCACGGAGUGCAUCCGGGUGGACAAGGACUGCGCCUACUGCGCCGACGAGAUGUUCAAAGAGCGGCGCUGCAACACGCAGGCGGAGCUGCUGGCCGCUGGCUGCCGGCAGGAGAGCAUGGUGGUCAUGCAGAGCAGCUUUGAGAUCACAGAGGAGACCCACAUCGAUACAACACUGCGGCGCAGCCAGGUGUCCCCCCAGGGGCUGCGGGUGAGGCUGCGGCCCGGGGAGGAGCGCCACUUCCAGCUGGAGGUCUUUGAGCCCGGGGAGAGCCCCGUGGACCUGUACAUCCUCAUGGACUUCUCAAACUCCAUGUCUGACGAUCUGGCCAACCUCAAGCAGAUGGGGCAGAACCUGGCCGAAGUCCUGAGCCACCUCACCAGUGACUACACCAUUGGGUUUGGGAAGUUUGUGGACAAAGUCAGCGUCCCCCAGACGGACAUGCGGCCUGAGAAGCUCAAGGAGCCCUGGCCCCGCAGUGAAGCCCCCUUCUCCUUCAAGAACGUCAUCAGCCUGACAGAGGAUGUGGAGGAGUUCCGGAGUAAACUGCAGGGAGAACGCAUCUCAGGCAACCUGGACGCUCCGGAAGGGGGCUUUGACGCCAUCCUGCAGACAGCCGUGUGCACGAGGGACAUCGGCUGGCGCCCAGACAGCACCCACCUGCUGGUGUUCUCCACCGAGUCCGCCUUCCACUACGAGGCCGACGGCGCCAACGUGCUGGCGGGCAUCAUGAGACGAAACGAUGAGGAGUGCCACCUGGAUGCCUCGGGCACCUACACCCAGUACAGGACGCAGGACUACCCGUCGGUGCCCACCCUGGUGCGCCUGCUCGCCAAGCACAACAUCAUCCCCAUCUUUGCCGUCACCAACUACUCCUACAGCUACUACGAGAAGCUUCACUCCUACUUCCCCGUGUCCUCCCUCGGGGUGCUGCAGGAGGACUCCUCCAACAUCGUGGAGCUGCUGCAAGAGGCCUUCAACCGCAUCCGCUCCAACCUGGACAUCCGGGCCCUGGACAGCCCCCGCGGCCUGAGGACGGAGAUCACCUCCAAGAUGUUCCAGAAAACAGAGACGGGCUCCUUCCACAUCCGGCGCGGGGAAGUGGGCACGUACGACGUGCAGCUGCGGGCCGUCGAGGCGGUGGACGGGACGCACGUGUGCCAGCUGCCCGAGGAGGAACAGAGGGGGCACAUCCACCUGAAGCCUUCCUUCUCCGAUGGCCUCCGGAUGGACGUGGGCAUCAUCUGUGACGUGUGCGCCUGCGAGCUGCAAAAGGAGGCAAGGUCCGCUCUGUGCAACUUCAACGGGGACUUCACGUGCGGGCAAUGCGUGUGCUAUGAGGGCUGGAGCGGCAAGGGAUGCAACUGCUCCACGGGGUCCCUGAGCGACACGCAGCCCUGUGUGCUGGACGGCGAGGACAAGCCCUGCUCCGGCCGGGGCGAGUGCCAGUGCGGGCGCUGCGUGUGCUAUGGUGAGGGCCGCUACGUGGGCCCCUUCUGCGAGUACGACAACUUCCAGUGUCCCCGGACCUCCGGCUUCCUGUGCAACGACCGUGGACACUGCACCAUGGGCCAGUGUGUGUGUGAGCCCGGCUGGACCGGCCCGGGCUGUGACUGUCCCCUCAGCAAUGCCACCUGCAUAGACAGCAACGGGGGCAUCUGUAACGGACGUGGCCACUGCGAGUGUGGACGCUGCCAUUGUAGCCAGCAAUCCCUCUACACGGACACCACCUGCGAGAUCAACUACUCGGCGAUCCGCCUGGGCCUCUGUGAAGACCUGCGGUCCUGCGUGCAGUGCCAGGCCUGGGGCACCGGGGAGAAGAAGGGCCGUUCGUGCGAGCAGUGCAGCUUCAAGGUCAAGAUGGUGGACGAGCUGAAGAACGCGGAGGAGGUGGUGGAGCACUGCUCCUUCCGGGACGAGGACGAUGACUGCAACUACAGCUACACGGUGGAGGGCGACGGCGCCCCGGGGCCCAACAGCACGGUCCUGGUGCACCGGAAGAAGGACUGCCCUCCCGGGGCCUUCUGGUGGCUCAUCCCCCUGCUCAUCUUCCUCCUGCUGCUCCUGGCCCUGCUGCUGCUGCUCUGCUGGAAGUACUGUGCCUGCUGCAAGGCCUGCCUGGCCCUCCUCCCAUGCUUCAGUCAAGGACGCAUGGUGGGCUUCAAGGAGGACCACUACAUGCUGCGGGAGAACCUGAUGGCCUCCGACCACCUGGACACGCCCCUGCUGCGCAGCGGCGCCCUCAAAGGCCGGGACACCGUGCGCUGGAAGAUCACCAACAACGUGCAGCGGCCCGCCUUCACCUCCCGCUCGGCCAGCUCCAACCCCACCGAGCUGGUGCCCUAUGGGCUGUCCCUGCGCCUUGCCCGCCUCUGCACCGAGAACCUGCUGAAGCCGGACACCCGAGAGUGUGGCCAGCUGCGCCAGGAGGUGGAGGACAAUCUCAACGAGGUGUACAGGCAGGUCACAGGUGCCCACAAGGUCCAGCACACGACAUUCCGGCAGCAGCCUAACGCCGGGAAAAAGCAGGACCACACAAUUGUGGACACGGUGCUGAUGGCACCCCGCUCAGCCAAGGCGGCCCUGCUGAACCUGACAGAGCGGCAGGUGGAGCAGAGGACCUUCCACGAGCUUAAGGUGGCCCCUGGGUACUACACCCUGACUGCAGACCAGGAUGCCCGGGGCAUGGUGGAAUUCCAGGAGGGCGUGGAGCUGGUGGACGUCCGAGUGCCCCUCUUCAUCCGGCCCGAGGACGACGACGAGAAGCAGCUGGUGGUAGAGGCCAUUGACGUGCCCACGGGCAUAGCCACCAUCGGCCGCCGCCUGGUCCACAUCACCAUCAUCAAGGAGCAAGCCAGCGGUGUAGUGUCCUUUGAGAAGCCUGAAUACUUCGUCAGCCGCAGGGAGAAGGUGGCCCGCAUCCCCAUUGUCCGGCGAGUGAUGGACGGUGGAAAGUCCCAGGUCUCCUACCGCACGCAGGACAACACAGCUCAGGGCAGCCGGGACUACAUCCCCGUGGAGGGCGAGCUGCUCUUCAAUGCUGAGGAGAGCUGGAAGGAGCUGCAGGUGAAGCUGCUGGAGUUGCAGGAGGUGGACUCCCUCCUAUGGGGCCGCCAGACCCGCCGCUUCCACAUUCACCUCAGCAACCCCAAGUUCGGGGCCCGCCUGGGCCAACCCCAUUCGGCCACCGUCAUCAUCGGGGACCAAGAUGAGACUGACCUGACAGUCACUGGCCAGACAAUGUCCACACUCCUGGUCUCCCGUGGCGACCCAGCGGCCCCACAGAACCCCAAUGCCAAGGCCGCCGGAUCCCGGAAGAUCCACUUCAAUUGGCUCCCCCCUCCUGGCAAGCCCUUGGGCUACAAGGUGAAGUACUGGAUCCAGGGCGAUUCGGAAGCCGAAGUCCAGGAGAUGGACAGCAAGGUGCCCUCUGUGGAGCUCACCAACCUCUACCCGUACUGCGACUAUGAGAUGAAGGUGUGUGCCUACGGGCCACAGGGCGAGAGCCCCUACAGCUCCCUGGUGACCUGCCGCACCCACCAGGAAGUGCCCAGUGAGCCGGGUCGCCUGGCCUUCAACGUUGUCUCCUCCACUGUGACCCAGCUGAGCUGGGCCGAGCCAGCCGAGACCAACGGCGAGAUCACCGCCUACGAGGUCUGCUACGGCCCGGUCAACGAGGACAACCUGCCCAUCGGGCCCAUGAAGAAGGUGCUGGUGGACAGCCCCAAGAGGCGCAUGCUGCUCAUCGAGAAUCUCCGGGAGUCCCAGCCGUAUCGCUACACUGUGAAGGCGCGCAACGGGGCCGGCUGGGGGCCGGAGCGGGAGGCCUUCAUCAACCUGGCCACUCAGCCCAAGCGGCCCAUGUCCAUUCCCAUCAUCCCCGACAUCCCCAUCGUGGAUGCCCAGAGCGGGGAGGACUACGAGGGCUUCCUCAUGUAUAGCGACGAUGUCCUACGCUCGCCGGGGGGCAGCCAGAGGCCCAGCGUCUCCGAUGACACCGAGCACCUGAUGAAUGGGCGUAUGGACUUUGCCUUCCCGGGCAGCGCCAACUCCCUGCACAGGAUGACUGCGGCCAACGCGGCCUACGGCACCCACCUGAGCCCACAGCUGCCCCGCCAAGUCAUGAGCACCUCCUCCACCCUCACCCGGGACUACCACUCGCUGACACGCACCGAGCGCUCGCAGACGGCCACCCUGCCCAGGGACUACUCCACCCUGACGUCCGUCACAUCCCACGGCCUCCCUCCCAUCUGGGAAGCUGGGAGAAGCAGGCUUCCAUUGUCCUGGGCCCUGGGGGUCCGGAAUCGGACUCAAGUGAAAGGGCUGCCCCCCUUUGGGGGUUCAAUCAUCCUGGCGGGGCAGCCCACAGCGCCCUCCCAGGACCCAGAAUCGCGUGUGGUUGCAGGUGUGCCCGACACACCCACGCGCCUGGUGUUCUCAGCCCUGGGGCCCACGUCUAUGAAAGUGAGCUGGCAGGAGCCGCGCUGUGAGCGGCCGCUGCUGGGCUACAGUGUGGACUAUCAGCUGCUCAACGGCGAGGAGUGGCAUCGGAUCAACAUCCCCAGCCCUAGCCAGACGUCCGUGGUGGUUCAGGACCUCCUGCCCAACCACUCCUACGUGUUCCACGUGCGCGCCCAGAGCCAAGAGGGCUGGGGCCCCGAGCGGGAGGGCGUCAUCACCAUCGAGUCACAGGUGCACCCGCAGAGCCCACUCUGCCCGCUGCCAGGCUCCGCCUUCACCCUGAGCACCCCCAGUGCACCGGGCCCCCUGGUGUUUACCGCUUUGAGCCCCGACUCACUGCAGCUGAGCUGGGAGCGGCCACGGCGGCCCAACGGGGACAUCCUUGGCUACCUGGUGACCUGUGAGAUGGCCCACGGAGGAGGGCCUGCCACCACGUUCCAACUGGAUGGAGACAGUCCCGAGAGCCGUCUGACUGUGCCAGGCCUCAGCGAGAACGUGCCCUACAAGUUCAAGGUGCAGGCCAAGACCACGCAGGGCUUUGGGCCGGAGCGCGAGGGCAUCAUCACCAUAGAAUCGCAGGAUGGAGGGCCCUUCCCACAGCUGAGCGGCCACGCGGCGCUGUUCCAGCGCUCACUCCCACGGGAAUACAGCAGCGUCACCACCACCCACACCAGCACCACCAAGCCCUUAGUGGAUGGACUAGCCCUGGGGUCCCAGCACCUGGAGAUGGGUGGCUCGCUCUCUCGGCACGUGACCCAGGAGUUUGUAAGCCACACGCUGACCACGAGCGAGACCCUCGGCACACAGGUGGAUACUCAGUUCUACCAGACCUGAGCCCCGCCCCACCCCAGUGCCUCUCCACUGCCUUGCUUCUGCACUGCUAAGGCUCCCCAAGCUCAGCCCCCACAGGCGACUCAGCCCCCAGAGAGCUCUCAGCUACAGAAAAGGGGGUGGGAAUUGGCAGAAACCUGGAAAGACCCCCCCUGGCUGCCUAUUCCUCCCCACCCUGCCUCACUAAGGGCUCCAAACCCGUUCGUAACCAAAGACCAGACCCCAAGUGCCAAGGGAGGGCCCAGCCUCAGACCUGCAAUUAAUAAAAGAUUUUACUACUC